AACGCAAAGUUUGGGAAUUUUCUAGACGCGUUAUAAGUCGCUUCCCCCGUCGAGCGGUCACUCCAAGUUCGUGUUUUUUGGCAGACAGCGAAAGCGAGAAAUGGCGCUGUGGCUGGAAACCGGGUCUGAACCCAAAACGGACAGCGAGAUUGCUGAUCUUCAAGCUAUCGCCGCCAUUAAAGAGUCUGCUGCUCUUGAACUUAAGGAGCAAGGUAAUAAGUAUGUCAAGAUGGGUAAAAAGCAUUAUUCUGAUGCAAUAGAUUGUUACACAAGGGCAAUAAAUCAGAAAGUUUUAAGUGAUUCAGAAAAUUCAAUUAUUUAUUCAAAUAGAGCCCAUGUAAAUCUAUCGCUAGGCAAUUAUAGACGUGCUCUGAAAGAUGCUGAGGAGGCAAUUAAACUGUGUGCAACUAAUGUCAAGGCGCUUUAUCGAGCUUCCAAAGCAUCUUUGUCCUUGAAUUUGUUGGAUGAGGCAAAAUCUUAUAGUGAAAGUGGACUAAAGCAAGAUCCAAAUAAUGAAGAACUAAAAAAACUUGCUAAGCAGAUAAAUUCACUGAAGAUGGAACGAGAUAAGCAUGAAGCUGAAGUUUCCAAGGCUGUAUCAGAUGCUAAGGACCUUCUUUCUGCAAUUGAUGCUAGAGGCUUGAAGAUUGGGAAGGCAAUGUUUCGAGAACUUGUUGGAUUAAAGAAACCAGUAUUAGAUAAAAGUAAAAUUAUUCACUGGCCAAUUCUUCUUCUAUAUGCAGAGGUUAUGUCCAGUGACUUUAUUGAAGACUUCUGUGAGACAGACAUGUUUUCAACUCAUCUUGACAUGAUGUUUUCAGAAAGCUGUCCACCAUUACCAUGGGACACAGAAAAUAAUUAUACUCGUGAAGCUGUUGAACUCUACUAUGAGGCUGGUUCAACAGCAUGUCUAUCCAAGUCGAAAAUUCUUCAUUAUUUACUAGAAGGAACAGUAGGUGCUAAUGCAGAAAUUGUUGGAGAAGAGAAGGAUACAAAUGAGGAUUCUAUUGAAGGCACAGGCUCUUCAAAAUGGGUAGAAGUAAAUGAAAAGAAAACACUUCAUGAAGUUCUAAAAGAACGCAACUUUGUUAUCCCAGGAAUUCCAGUUUUCUAUGUCGUUUCAAGAAACUCCAACUUCUAUAGAAAGUUCAAAGCUGGUAAAUGGGCUCUUCCACCAUGAGUCUCUUCCAGGCAAGCUUUCUUGAUAGCACCUGAAUAUGAGUCGAGGGUCAUAAUUUCAUUAUCAUCGGCAGGCUUUAUUCAUUGAAACUAAAUGUCAAGUACCUGUAGCACCCUGUUUCUUCAUUGUUAGUCUUGGGUAGGAAAAGCAAAUUUACCGAAGAACUUUUUUUAUUUUUAAUUUAUUAUCAUGAUCCACUGUUUUUGUGUUCCAAAAAGAAAAAUCUCUAUAUAUUAUAUUUUUGGGUUUUGUGUAAUGAAUUCAAUUUCCUUUCUCUA